AUGGCUGCUUGUUCACCUGAAUUGAUUGGGACCAUGUACUUUCCAGAAGAAAAAAAAUUCAACAGCAACAGUAUUUCAACAGCAGCUCAUAAAUUCUGUGCGUUUAAAAAGGGGCUGUUUGCUGGUAUAAAACUGAAGAAGAAAAAGAAAGACGAGACAGGGUUAACUAUAGCAAACAAGGGUGCACUGGGUGACCAUGAGGAAAGUGAUAGUCUUCACCAUGAGGCACCGCGUGGACAAGAAGGAGAUGGAGAUUCGAUGCAUGAUGCUUCAUCUUCUAGUGGCUUUGCACCCUCAGGCCCUCUGACUAAAAGAGCAAAACUGGUACACAAACUUCAGGAAGGGGAGGCAAAGCAUCAGAAUUACCAGAUUGCCAUAACCAUCAUUGAGGCCCGGCAACUGGUUGGUGAAAAUAUCGACCCAGUGGUGAUCAUGGAGAUUGGGGAUGAAAAGAAGCAAACGACAGUCAAAGAAGGCACAAAUGCCCCAUUUUACAAUGAAUAUUUUGUGUUUGACUUUGUUGGACCUCAAGUGCAUUUGUUUGACAAAAUCAUCAACAUUUCUGUUAUGCACAACAAGCUGAUUGGGAGCUUGCUAAUUGGUUCCUUUAAGGUGGACCUGGGGACAGUGUAUAACCAGCCAGGUCAUCAGUUUUGUGAUAAGUGGGCCCUUCUCACAGACCCUGCUGACAUUAGAACAGGAGCCAAAGGAUACCUGAAGUGUGAUAUCAGUGUUGCUGGGAAAGGAGACACAUUACAAGCCACGCAGAAAAUAAGCGAUGCUGAAGAGCAGAUUGAAAAGAACCUCUUAAUUCCCAAAGGAUUUCCAUCUGAAAGAGCUUGGGCUAGAUUUUAUGUGAGAAUCUAUAAAGCAGAGGGGCUCCCAAAGAUGAACUCCAGCAUCAUGGCCAAUGUUACCAAAGCAUUCGUAGGCGACAGUAAGGACCUUGUGGAUCCAUAUGUGGUGGUCAUGUUUGCAGGUCAAAUGGGCCGAACAACAGUGCAAAAAAACUGUGCUGAUCCUGUGUGGCAUGAACAGAUCGUCUUCAAAGAGAUGUUCCCCCCACUGUGCAGAAGAGUCAAAAUCCAGGUGUGGGAUGAAGGCAGCAUGAAUGAUGUUGCUUUGGCUACUCACUUCAUAGAUCUGAAGAAAAUCUCAAAUGAACAAGAUGGAGAUAAAGGGUUCUUGCCUACCUUUGGACCAGCUUGGAUCAAUCUCUAUGGUUCACCCAGGAAUCACAGUUUAAUGGAUGACUACCAGGAGCUCAAUGAAGGAUUCGGGGAAGGAGUCUCUUUUAGGGGCCGCCUUCUGAUUGAAAUUGCUGUGGAGAUACUUUCUGGAGGUGCUCAUGAAUCUACAUUUUCAAAGAUCAUAAAGUUCCGCUCUAAAGAUAAAGACUCCAAAGCAUCUAAAGGAAAAGACAAAACAGACAAAGCAGCAGAGGAUGGAAAAUCUUCUUCUUCAGAUAAGACAAACUCAACCGAGGUGGAAGUUGAGCCAUUCGAUGUGCCUCCAGAGAUCCAUGGAGAGCAACUUGAGGAAUUUUUUCUCUUUGGGGCAUUUUUUGAAGCCACAAUGAUUGACAGGAAAGUUGGAGAUAAACCAAUAAGCUUUGAGGUUUCUGUUGGUAACUUUGGGAAUGUCAUUGAUGGAGGGUCGCCAGGAGCGGGGAGUAAAAAAAAGGGUCAUGAAGGAGAAGAGGAAGAAAGUGCUCCUCUGCUGCAUGAAGGGCAGAGUGAAGCUUCCCCUGACAUUGCAAUGCCAUUGAUAUCCACAACCCACCCCGAGAAGCCUCUUAUCACAGAAGGAAACAGGAACUAUCACUACUUGCCAUAUGAUGAGAAGAAGCCUUGUGUUUCAGUCAAGAGUUGCUGGGGAGACCAGACCUUCCGACUGUACACUUCCAAUAUGCUAGAGAAAAUGGCAGAUCAACUGGAAGAAGGAUUAGAGCAAGUAAAAGAUUUGAUCAAAGUUUCGGAGACUGCAUCAGAAAAGAAAAUGCAGACUACUGUCAGUAACUUUAUCAAUCAAAGCAGAGCUUUCAUUGCUAAUGCUGAAAAGAAGCCCAAAGGGAUGAACCAGACGGCUUUGGACAAAAAGAGACUCACGCUGUGCAAGCAAGAGCUGGAAGCAUUGUCAAAUGAUGCUCAAGGAAUUAUUCAACAGCAGAAAAAGAAAAUAUCCGUGGAUGAAAUGAUGCGUGAGACCCAGACCUUUAUAGAGAAAAUUCGAUUCCUGGUUGAUGAGCCUCAGCAUACUGUGCCCGAUGUGUUCAUCUGGAUGCUCAGCAACAACAAGAGAGUUGCCUAUGCUAGAAUCUCAGCGAAAGACAUACUCUAUUCUCCUGUGGCUGAGCAGAGAGGCAAAAACUGUGGGAAGAUUAAAACCCAUUUCCUGAAAUUACCAGGAAAACGCCCACCAGGUUGGAACGUACAUGCAAAAGUUGACACCUACCUCUGGCUUGGUUCUGUCAAGUAUGCCCACACCAUUAUGGAGAACUUGCCUGUUGGAUAUGAGACUGAAGUGCCCUCCACAGCUAGCACAGGGCACCAUGAUGCCCGUGACCCUGCCAAUCUGCACUACAAAACACAGCAUGUCUACCAGCUGAGAGCUCACAUGUAUCAGGCCAGGGGGCUCAUCGCUGCAGACAGCACUGGACUUUCUGAUCCCUUUGCCAAAGUCACAUUUGUUUCACACUGCCAGAACACAAAGAUUAUUUCUCAGACAUUAUCUCCUACCUGGAAUCAGAUGCUGCUGUUCAAUAACAUUGUACUUCAUGGUGAUGGAAAGGAAAUUGCUGAAUUCCCUCCAGUCGUUGUCGUAGAGCUAUAUGAUGAUGAUGCGGUGGGUAAAUCAGAAUACAUUGGCUCUACAGUGGCUUCCCCAGUGGUGACACUCGCUGACCAGAAGUAUGAGCCGCCUAAACUGACUUAUCACCCAUUGUAUUGUGGAAAUCUCUCUGGAGGGGAUCUUCUUGCUACCUUUGAGUUACUACAGGUUCCUGAUUCUGGUCCACAGAGCCUUCCCCCAUUAGAUCUACCUGAUGUUAGCCAGAUGUAUCCAGUUCCAGCCAACAUCCGGCCCAUUUUAAGUAAAUACAGAGUGGAGGUUCUGUUCUGGGGUGUUCGUGAACUGAAGAAGGUCCAGCUUCUUUCUGUAGACCGCCCCCAAGUUCUCAUUGAAUGUGGAGGGAAAGCCGCUAAAUCGUGUGUCAUCCAGAGCUACAAGAAAAACCCCAACUUCAAUGUCCAAGCAGAUUGGUUUGAAGUGGAAUUACCUGAAAAUGAACUUUUGCACCCGCCCCUUAGUAUCUGUGUUGUGGACUGGAGAGCCUUUGGUCGCAGCACGCUUGUUGGAACACACACCAUCAACUGCCUGAAGCAGUUUCUAUAUAAGCCUAAGGGGCUUCCUGAAGCUACAGCAAAGGCAGUGGAAGUUGUAGAAACCGACAGAGCAUCACUGGAGUCAUCAAAGCUACUUGAAUCACCCCAAGAACAGCCGCCCCCAACAGAUCAUAUAUAUGUUGAUGUGGAGUAUGAUACUGCUGCAGUAGGAAUGCCAGAACCAGUUCCAGCACGAUCUCCUUCUCCAGCAACUGUACCUGCUACCUCUUCAUUGACUCCACCUGCUCCUAAAUCUUCAUUUUCCUCAUCUCAGCGAACAAAAGAUGGAAAACAAAAGGACUUAAGUAAAUCUUCCCGACGAUCUACCAAGAGAAAAAAGAGAACUCUAGUGGAUGAAUCUGCUGAAAAUGUCAUUGACUGGUGGUCAAAGUACUUUGCUUCUGUGCUAAAAAUGCAAAAGGCAAAAGGAAUCUAUCCCAGUGAUGGAAAACCCAUCAACACUAAGCAGACUUCUGACUGUGUAACAUUAAACAUUGAAGAGACAUCAGAAAAAAAGAAGAAAAAUAAGUUACUCCAAAAGAAAGUAAAGGAAGAAGCCCCAAAUCUGGCAACUUUGCAGAUCUAUGAUGGAGACCUAGAGAGUGAAUUUAAUAACUUUGAAGACUGGGUGAAGACCUUUCAACUCUUAAGAGGCAAAUCCAAUGAUGAAGGCCAUGGUGACCAUGAGGACAGAAUAAUAGGAAAAUUUAAGGGCUCUUUCUGCAUCUACAAAAGUCCUGAAGAUUCCAGCUUGAUGGACGGAGGGCAGCCUAAGGUUUUGCUUGGGGUACCACCGAACCACUCCAUCAAAGUCCUGAUCAGGGUGUACAUUGUGGCAGCACUUAACCUUAGCCCAGCUGAUCCAGAUGGCAAAUCAGAUCCAUAUAUUGUGCUGAGACUAGGCAAAACUGAAAUUAAAGACCGUGAAAACUACAUCCCCAAACAGCUAAAUCCAAUUUUUGGGAGGUCUUUUGAAAUACAGGCCAUUUUCCCAAAGGAUUCCCUGCUCUCCAUCCUGAUCUAUGACCAUGACUUGAUUGGAACAGAUGACCUCAUUGGAGAAACAAAAAUUGAUCUGGAAAAUCGUUUCUACAGCAGACACCGAGCUACCUGCGGGCUCCAGAGUCAAUAUGAAAUAGAAGGGUACAAUGCCUGGAGAGAUGCAACCAAACCCACUGAAAUACUCACCAAGUUGUGCAGGGACAACAAACUGAGUGGGCCUUACAUGCAACCAGGACAGAUACAAGUAGGAACCAAAGUCUUUAAGGGGCAAACGCUCUUCAGUGAGGAUGAGAAUGAAGAUCCAGUGGAAUCAUAUGAACACCUUGCCUUAAAAGUUUUACGCUCCUGGGAAGAAAUCCCUGAGGUUGGAUGCAAGCUGGUUCCAGAGCACAUCGAGACCAGGCCCCUCUAUCACAAGGAUAAACCGGGCAUGGAACAGGGUCGUGUGCAGAUGUGGGUGGACAUGUUUCCCAAAGACAUGCCUUUACCAGGACCUCCUGUUGAUAUUUCCCCAAGAAAACCCAAAGGUUAUGAAUUGAGAAUAAUAAUCUGGAAUACAGAAGAUGUCAUUUUAGAGGAUGAGAAUAUCUUCACAGGACAAAAAUCAAGUGAUAUCUAUGUUAAAGGCUGGUUAAAAGGCCUGGAAGACGACAAACAGGAGACAGAUGUGCAUUACAACUCCUUGACUGGAGAAGGGAACUUCAACUGGCGGUUUGUGUUUCCAUUCCACUACCUCCCAGCUGAGAAACAAAUGGUAGUCAGUAAAAGAGAGAACAUAUUUUCCUUGGACAAAACAGAACGCAAAAUCCCAGCAGAGCUUGUAUUACAGGUUUGGGACUUUGAAAGGCUUUCAUCAGAUGAUUUCCUUGGCUCCCUUGAAAUGAACCUGAAUGGAUUUCCUCGGGCAGCCAAGUCAGCCAAGGGCUGUGACUUAAGCAUGGUGACAGCAACAAGUGAAGAAAACACGAUCUCCAUAUUUCAGCAAAAGCGUGUCAGAGGCUGGUGGCCUUUCAGCAAAGCUGGGGAGCUCACUGGCAAGGUGGAAGCGGAGUUCCACUUAGUUACUGAAGAGGAAGCUAAGAAGAACCCUGUUGGCAAAGCUCGGAAGGAGCCUGAACCUCUGGAGAAACCCAACCGACCUGACACAUCCUUUUCCUGGUUUGUAAAUCCUUUCAAGUGCUUGUAUCAUCUCAUCUGGCGAAACUACAAGAAGUAUAUCAUCAUUGGGCUCAUUCUGCUUAUUCUGAUCAUCUUCCUGGUGCUUUUCAUCUACACACUGCCUGGUGCAAUCAGUCGCAGGAUUGUCGUGGGAUCUUAG